GAUUUACCCAACAAACAAACAAACACCUAGUUGCUGGAAAAAGAAACACAGUUUUAAUCCUCUGUCCAAAGAGAAAGCAUAUCUUAGUCCUGUUUUCGUUUUCCAGUUGUUGACAGCAGUGGGCGGUAAAUGUUUUCGAUCUGUUUUUUUCUUGGAAUUUAAACACAUCAGUUUCACUUGUUUCCAGGAAACGAAAAAUCGAAAACUGAAAACUACCAAACAGACAUAGUGAUUUAUAGUUUGUAAGUUAUCUAAUAAUACGUUCCACCGUAAUCUUCCAUGUGCUUGAUUUUUUCCGGUGAUUCAGGGCUAUAGAAGUGCAGGCAAGAUUUUCGCGAGUCAUUUCCAAGAGCCAAUGCCAAACAAAGAACUCAGCCAGUAUCUUACCUUGAUCGAUCUGUUCUCCCCACUCAAUCCCACUCCUUCAAUUUCUCCAGUAAGGAUACUGUACUUCAGGAAGUCCAUCAAAAGUGUGGGAGAAGCAAGGAACAUAAUCACAAAGGAUGGUUGAUGUUGUUGUCUCCUUUGUAGUGGAAAGACUCGGUGACCUUCUCAUCGAACAAGUUGUUCUUUUACGAGGAGUGAGAGAUGAUGUUAAAUGGCUGCAAGAAAAAUUGAAGUGGAUGUUGUCUUUCCUGAAAGAUGCAGAAGAAAAACAAGUUGUUGACCAUCGGAUGCGCCAAUGGAUAUCCGACAUUAGAGAUGUUGCUUAUGAUGCCGAGGAUAUUAUUGACAACUUCAUACUCAAAGUCGAAGAAGAGGGAGGGGCUACUCCAAAGAAGAAGAUGGGGUUAAAAGAUUGCUUCGAGAAGUAUUUCUGCAUUUGCAGCAAAAAAGCUAGCCUCAUUAAACAGGCAAAUCUUUAUGGUAUAGGAAAGGAAAUAAACACAUUGAAGGACAAGCUCAAUGAGAUCCAAAGAAAUAGGGAAAUUUUCAAUACUGGAAGUAUUGGUGAUGCAAGACUAGGAUCAGAUCGCAUGAAUGAGACAACAAAUUGGCUACGAAGAGAACGCCCAUAUGAAGAUAAUGAUCACGUUGUAGGCUUCAAGGAGGAUGCUGACAAACUGAUGUUUGAACUUAUCAGGGAAGUGAAAGAUCGAUAUGUGAUAUCAAUCGUGGGCACCGGAGGCUUGGGUAAGACAACUAUAGCUCGGAAGCUUUACAACACUCUUAGUUUGACAAAUAAAUUUGACUGCUAUGCUUGGGUUUCUGUGUCCAAUGAUUACAGCAUCCAAGAUCUUCUUCGAGCAACAAUAAAAUCUUUCAAAAAGGAAAUCACCACAGAGGAAUUCAAUCUUGUAGAGAGAAGAUGAAUAAAGAUGAUUUGGAGUCUUACGCAUGUGAUUACUUGAAAGGACGCCGAUACUUAGUGGUGCUUGAUGAUGUAUGGGACGUAAAUUCUUGGGAAAGCUUGAGGAGAGCCUUUCCCAAUGAGAAUAACGGAGAUAGAGUAAUCAUGACAACCCGAAACAAAGUUGUUGCUGAGCAUUGCGAUGAGAGGACAUAUGUUCAUGAGCUCCCAUUUUUUAAGGACGAAGAAAGUUGGGAGUUGUUUUGCAGUAAAGCAUUUCCUAACUACGACAACGAGAUUGGAAACAAAAAAAGUAGUUGCCUUCCAAGCUUGGAGAGUUCGGCAAGAGAGAUGCUCAGUAACUGUCGUGGCUUACCCCUGGCAAUAGUUGUAUUAGGUGGGCUAUUGCGAAGAAAAGAUCCUGACGAGUGGCCAAAGUUGAAAGAGCACAUUUGGUGCCAUGUAAGGGAUGACUCAAUUCAUGUUGAACAUAUAAUGGCUUUAAGUUUCAACGAUUUGCCAUAUUUCUUGAAAUCGUGCUUUCUUUACUUGGGUUUGUUUCCUGAAGACUUUGGAAUUGAUGCAGAGAGACUCUGUCGGUUGUGGGUGGCAGAGGGUUUCAUUAAACGAGACGAAGAACCUUUUGAAGAGAAAGCAGAGGCAUACCUGAAAGAGCUAAUCGAUAGAAGUUUGAUUCAAGUGGUAGAAAGAAACUGGAAGAGAAUCACAACAUGUCGAGUGCAUGAUUUACUCCGCGAUUUUGCAAUCGAAAAGUCAAAGGAGCUAAAUUUCCUUCAUAUCUAUGAGGGAUCACUCGCUCCCAGCAGUCGAAGACUAGCCUCUCAUUGUGGAUUUCAAAGGUUCGUUUCGUUGGAUCAUUCUGAUUCCCGACUGCGAACUCUCUUGUUUUUCAAUUUAGAAGGUGAAUCCAUGGAAAUAGCACAGUUACAGUCCUUAUGCAGGAAAUUGAGAUUAUUGAGAGUGCUAGAUCUUAAGGGCCUUCCAUUCAAUCCUCCUCAAGAGACAGAGAAGACAAGACUCCCUGAUGAAAUAGGAAAAUUAAUUCACUUAAGGUACCUGUCGUUACAUAGCACCAAACUAAAUGAGCUCUCACCAUUCAUAGGUAACUUGCAUGCCUUACAAACCCUGGAACUAAGUCAUGGCAGAGAUCCCACUCAGUUACCUGAUGAGAUAUGCAAAGCAAAGUAGUUGAGAUAUUUAGUUGGAAAUUUCAAGUGGACAAUUCGAGUGGACAAUUUGACAAAUCUUUGAACUCUCAAAGAGCUUUCGGUUGAGGGGCAGAUGGAAUUCAACUCAAUGGAUCUGAUCAAUCUUCACAAGCUUCAUGUAUGUUUUCAGGGAGAUGGCAGUAGGUUCACACUAGACACUAUUGGUGGUUUAAGAAGCCUCCAAUGCUUGGAUCUACAAGUUUUGCGAGGAGACUCUGAUUGGCCGUUUCCCACAUUGAUAUUGCACCCGCUUUCUCAGUGCCAACAUCUCGUCCAACUGAGGUUACAAAUCUUCAGGCAAUGGAAGUUGCCAACAGAGGUGCACGAGUUCCCACCGAAUCUCAAGUACCUCUACUUAGAUGCAAGCUAUCUCAGCGAUGAUCCUAUGCCGAUGUUGGAGAGACUUCCGAAAUUGAAAAUUCUCAUUUUUCUGGGUUAUUACGGAAAGAAUAUAUUGGCUUGCACUGCUAGAGGAUUCCCUCAACUCGAGAUCCUACAACUUAUGCAUGGUAAAUCGGCAGAGUUUCGAGUGGAAGAAGGGGGAAUGCCUGUGCUUAUGGGUUUCUUGUUAUUAAAAUUCCGCGUAAAUUCGAUCGCAGAUAGACUACGUCCCUAAACCGCACCCCCCUUUGGAUAUUUUUAAGUGGGCUUACUAAAGUAACACUACA